AUGUCGUUCGCUGAAGUUGGAGAGUCUCUUGGCCCUAUAACUGCCACAGCUCAGCAAACAACGAACUUUCAUUAUUAUAAUACUCAGGGUGAUUCAGAUAACGAACAUGAUUACGUAGGGACUCCGCCUUACUCAAACGACGAAUCUACCCUCGAAGGUGACAACAGCGAGGAAGGAAUGGAAGGUGUCUCUGACAACGAACAAAUUACUCAAAAUAUCCUCCCUGUACAAAAUCAAGGAUUUGAAGGUGGUAGCGACUUUAAUACGUAUCGAAACGGUAAUGGAAUAACCAGCGGUAAUGUCAUUGACGUUGGCAAUAAUAAUCUCAACAAUAGCAACAACGGAAACACCGCCAACAACAUGUUACCUCCUAUUCAAAUGCUUCACAGAAAUACACCUCCAUCAAUACCUGCAUCAACAUUGUCUGCUCCGUCUUCUUCAACUAGAUCUCUUGGAUCUGAUAUUCAAUUUAGCGAUAGAUUGCUUGCUUUCAAUACGAUGCAUGCGCGAAACUUAAAUAAUAGAGAUCUUCGUCAAAACCAUCAUGUUGGCAGUUAUAAUAUACCUCCUUUUCCUGAUGGCUUUCCAGUUCCUCAACCACAGUCAAUUUUUAGAUUUCCUAACGUGAGUCAACCUCCUAGCUAUACUGUUAGAAAUGAUGUUACCGUAUCUCAGUCAACGACAACAUCUUCAAAUGUCUCUCAACAAAAGCAAAGUCCUUUGAGGUUUGCAAAUUCUUCAUCUUCACGAAAAAGAGCAAGGUCAAUUUCAAAUGAUUGGCCUAAUACCACUUCCAAUUCUCAUUUUAUUCCAUCAUCUAUACAAUUUGGUUCUUUGGAACCUAUUAAUCGAGAUGGUAUCGGUGGUAGGUCUACUGUUGGUAAUAACUUGCAAGCAUCUACCCGUUCAUCUUCUCCGCUUAAUCGUUCGACACCGGGAAAUCAUGCUCCGGUUAUUAAUAAUUAUCAGGAUGUUACCGAUUCCCCUUCUACUCCUUUAUCUCCUCCAAUAAAUUAUAUGCCUCAUUAUAUCCCACAUCCUAAUCGUAUUCCUACUUAUGUCGCAUACAACCAACCUUCUUCUAAUUCCUCUCAAUCAUCAUCAUCUAUACCGAUACGACCACAGUCUCAACAAAACUUUUUCAAUCGUAUGCCAUAUGUUAGUAACGCAUCAAGAAGAAAUUUUCCAAAUCCAACUCAACCAUUAGAUACUUCUUUGAGAAGACCAUCACAUCAUACUAGUGACGAGCAACAAUCUUAUAAUAAUUACACUUCGGUUGGCUCUGAAGCGUCCAAUGUAAUAUAUCCCGAAGUGGUAUCUUCACAACCUGAGCGAAGGCAACAUCAUUCAAAUGUUAAUGUACAUAUACAGAAUGUGUCACAAGGGCCUAGGGGAUCAUCGUCUUCCAGGUGGACGUCUCGUGAUUCUUCAAAUAGAAAUCGUGAUGUGUUGACUAGAUCAAUCAUUCCAAAUCCACAUCUUCGUCGUACAGCGAUUCGUCCAAGUACUUUCACGGGUGCUGGUAACCAUUCAACUCUUAAUGGUCCAUUGCAGGAAUCCUCUAGAGUGAUCGGAAGUGAUGAGGAGCCAGAUACUGCUAUUGAUUUGCCAGAAAGUUCAGAUAGUGAAGUUAAUAUAACAACUACUCCUAAUCGUGUUACACCAUGGACAAAUAGAAUUAUUAGACGUCAUGAUAUACGUCAGGAUUCUAAUACACGUGACUCGCGGCAGCCUAUAAAUCAUCGAACUUUAGUGCCAUCGGCAUCUACAACAAAUGCUGCAAGAAACAAUUCUUCUGAAAAUCCUAUUUCAGAUGAGCAAUUGACAAGAAGGAUACAGCCAACUGAAUUCAGCUCUACACAUCAAAAUCUCAAUGACGAGCAUAGUCCAUUGUCAAGGAUUUUUGGAAGUCGAGUUCGUCCCUCAUCUCGCCGUGAUACGGGAACGAACUCGUCAACAACUUCACGUAGUGGUUCUGUCAGGAGAGAUACACCAACGCGCGCACCAAUACCCAGAUUGCCAGACAUGUUAUCACAUCAUGACCGUCAUCAUAGUGAGGAACGUGGAAGUGAAUCUAGGUCCCGUGCUCAUGGUUUACGCAACGGUCAAUCAAGGAACGUAAGGCAAGGUGCUCAUUAUAUACAUCAUUUCAUACCACAUUAUCCGUUAUUAGAGAAUCUUAUUGAUAAUGGUGAACUAGAAGACUACUUUAUUGAGAUGAUGCCAGAGUUUUUGGGCAAUGGUAUUGCAGCUAAUCCAGAUAACUAUCUGGAUGAAGAUGAGUUUGAUUCUAGUUAUGAAGGAUUGCUUAGACUAAGUGAACGCAUCGGUGAUGCAAAACCUAAAGGUGUUCCAGAUCAUGUGGUUAAUACAUUACCCACAAAACGGUAUUCAACGAGUAAAACUAGAAGUCUUGAUGAAAGGUAUUUGUAUUCUGGAAAAAUAUGGAUCUCUGAACGGCGAUGGAAAAAUCUGAUUCAAAAUCGUUUGAAGAAAUUGUCGGUUCCAGUUGGCUUAGAGUUUCCUUGUAUCCCUUCGGAGGAAUUUCCGGGCAGUUUGAGUUAUCGAAAAAGGAUCUAUAGUGCAAGGAAGAAUAAGCAUU